AGCUUUAGCCUUAGCCCUUCAACCCUCGAUUUCAUAUCACAGUAAUGCUUCACCUCCUCGUCACCCUCUGUGUGAUAAUCUGCGGUCAUGGUGAAAACAACAUACUCGUAUCUUCAAGUGCAGCUUUCGAAUCACGCACCGCUGCAGAGGCGCCAUAUGCUCUCCCGACAGGAGGGUUUUACAUGAAGCCAACUGGUGUGUGUAAAUACACGGAUGGUGAGAUCACCAAUUGUUCUUGUCGUCUUUCGAUGCCAGCUUUGUUGGUCCGGGACCAACAAGUUCUGGGUUCGGUCUGUGCACCUAGGCCUUAUCUGGAUAAGUUCUGUCAAAGCGGCCCUGCAGGCUUUCACACCAAGGCAAUUGAUGGAUUAUGUUUCGUCGAUUGCAAGAAGGAUAACAAAUGCCCGUCGAUGGGAUUUUGCGAGUCUUCUGAGCACGUUCCAGGAGCCUGCUUCUACCCUCAAUAGUUCGUGUAGAAGCAGCAGCUCUGAGGCUUAUUUUUUCGCAACUCUUCGACAUAUGAGGUUUUUUAUUUUUGUGUCAACGAGGUCCUGUCGUGUCGAGUCUUUAUCUCAAGUCCUACUCCAUUUGUCUCGCUGCAGCAACAAGUCGUAUACUCUUCUGGUAAUAUGUCCGUCAAUCAUGAUGCGAGAGUCUUUCUGAUUUUCCAUUC